AUGACAUCGCUCUCCUUGUCCCUCAGCCCACCAGCCUUAGUCCAGCUCCACGAUGCCCUGAUAUGUCUGUCCAAAUUCAGCGAAACAGUCUCCAUUGAAGCAGAGCCUGAUCUCCUCCGCCUGAGUGCGCUCAAUUCCACUAAGACGGGGUUUGCCUCCUUUGCCUUUGAGAAAGAGGUUUACUUCCAGUCGUAUUCUUUUGAGGCUGGCGGUGAUGGUCGCGGUGUUUCGAUGGAUCGGUUCUUUUGUCAGAUCUAUAUUAAGGCAAGUGUAGCACUUUUGUCAAUUUUCCGUGGUCGAAUUGACAGGAAUAAGGAUACGGCCGUUGAACGAUGUGAUAUGGAAUUGCAUGAAGACCUGCAGCAGACUGAAUGUAGAUUGACAGUGAAGAUGAUCUGUGGGCUUGGGGUGAUUAAAUCAUAUAAGCUCACCUACGAGCCAGCGGCAGUCCAGCAUGCGGUUUUCGAUAAGUCUAAAGCAACUAGCAUGUGGGCUGCUGAUCCGCGAUUCCUUAAGCAGGUCGUUGAGCAUUUCAGUCCAUCUGCUGAGCAGCUGGAUAUGUACUCUGAUUCCGGCAAGGCUGUGUUUACGAGUUUUACAACGAAGAUCACGGAGGGAAAAGAGGUGCUAAAGCACCCGGUGCAUACAUCGGUAGCAGCAGAUAAGCGCGACUUCCAGGAAUACUGGGUCGAAGAGAACAUGCAUGUCGCGAUCAACCUGAAAGAUUUCAAAGCUGUCGUCGCCCACGCCGAAACAGCAAAUGCCACUGUGACAGCACGGUAUACCCGGCCCUGCAAACCUCUCCAACUGGCGUAUUCAUUCGAAGGCAUCACUGCAGAGUUCACGGUCAUGACCCGCGGCCAAGCGGAUGGUGAAGACGUCCCGACAUCCUCGCGAGCGACAAUCCCGCGACAAACACCCGCGCCUGUCGCGACAUCAGUAGCUAGGCCUCGGCCGUCGGCAACUGUCAGUAUGGAGAUGCUGCCGCCACCACCACCACGGAGCAGAUCGAUUCGUCCUCUGAAUGGAUCGUCUACGCAGGAAAACCUGAGUCAGAGAGCUAGCACGAAUCAGCCAUUGGCGUCUGGUCUUUCGAUGGAAUUCGAUGCUCUCUUCGUGCCUGCUGACGAUGAUAGAGAGUGGGAUGAAAUGAAUGAAGAAGAGGAGCCACAAGAUAUUCUCGGGUGGGAUGCGUCCGGAACGCAGGAUGCAUUCGGGGCAUCUAUCCGCGACGCAGAGCCAACCUUGGCAAGGCAGGAUGCAUCUCGAUCCGACGAGCAGGACGAUGAAAUGGGUCUUCCACCGACACAACGAUUAUCCCAGGUUCGCCGAUAUGGUCUCUUCGACUGA